AUGCCGGACGCGGAUGGGCGGCGCUGGUGGGUGGUCACGGCUGCUCCGGGUCCUGGAGUGGGGCUGGAAGCUGGCGCGCGCUGGAGGCGAGGGGCGGGGGCUCGGCCCGGGGUUCCCAGGCCCCCAGCCCAGGGGUGGGGGUGGGGACGUGGCCGCCCCUCCCCCAUGGGCAGGCCUGCGCCCCGGAGGACCUCCGCCCACAACCCCCGCGCCUUCCCGAGGCCCGCCUGGAGCAUGCCGCCUGCAGCCAUGAACGGCCUGGGCCUGGUGCUGCUGGCCGCCCUGCUGUGCUCUGCGCCCGCUCACGGCCUGUGGUGCCAGGACUGCACCCUGACCACCAACUCGAGCCACUGCACCCCGAAGCAGUGCCAGCCGUCCGACACGGUGUGCGCCAGCGUCCGGAUCACAGACCCCAGCAGCAGCAGGAAGGACCAUUCCGUGAACAAGAUGUGCGCCUCGUCCUGCGACUUCGUUAAGCGGCACUUCUUCUCGGACUAUCUGAUGGGCUUCAUUAACUCUGGGAUCUUACAAGUCGAUGUGGACUGCUGCGGGACGGAUCUGUGCAACGGGGGGCCGAGGGCGGGGGGUGGCCCCUGGGCCCUGGCGGGGGGGCUGCUGCUCAGCCUGGGGCCGGCCCUCCUCUGGGCUGGGCCCUGA